AUGGCCCGUACAAAGCAGACAGCCCGCAAGUCGACCGGUGGCAAGGCCCCGCGGAAGCAGCUGGCCACCAAGGCGGCCCGCAAGAGCGCGCCGGCCACCGGCGGCGUCAAGAAGCCGCACCGCUACCGGCCGGGCACCGUGGCCCUGCGGGAGAUCCGGCGCUACCAGAAGUCCACCGAGCUGCUGAUCCGCAAGCUGCCCUUCCAGCGGCUGGUGCGCGAGAUCGCGCAGGACUUCAAGACCGACCUGCGCUUCCAGAGCUCGGCCGUGAUGGCGCUGCAGGAGGCGAGCGAGGCCUACCUGGUGGGGCUGUUUGAAGACACGAACCUGUGCGCCAUCCACGCCAAGCGCGUGACUAUCAUGCCCAAAGACAUCCAGCUGGCCCGCCGCAUCCGCGGGGAGCGGGCAGCUGAGAGCCGCGGGCAGAUCGGACCCCCUCACGCCCGCUGCAAAGGGCCCCACCCGGCGUGGCUCUCCGGCUCUGGAGGGAAAUCGCCAGCUCCGUCCCGCCCCGUUUCUGCCGGGGAUAGAAGGAGGUUAUUGCGGCAGAAAGUAAUCAAAGAUGUCUUGAGACCUUCCUGCCUGAGUGACUGGGAGGAUAAUGCCACCUUCACAGGAAUAGGCAGCUGGGAGGGGCAGCUGCUGAAGAGUUCAGGCCAUACGGAGUCAGAGCUGGCAAUGGGCAGCGACAAGUGGCCAUGUCCUUCAGGCAGCUGGGAUUGUGGAUCUGGAGGCAGAACUAGAGACCAGCUGGAUUUUCUUAUCUGGCCGGAGGAGCUAGAGGAACCCCACAGAAGUAGCAGUUUAGCCUCCGAAGCCAUACAGGGUGCGUCCCUGCCGUUUGAGCGCGUACACCACGUCCAUGGCAGUGACCGUCUUGCGCUUGGCGUGCUCUGUGUAAGUGACUGCGUCCCGAAUGACGUUCUCCAAGAACACCUUCAGCACACCUCGGGUCUCCUCGUAAAUGAGGCCGGAGAUGCGCUUGACUCCCCCACGCCGCGCAAGGCGCCGGAUGGCGGGUUUGAUAUCAUGGCCCGUACAAAGCAGACAGCCCGCAAGUCGACCGGUGGCAAGGCCCCGCGGAAGCAGCUGGCCACCAAGGCGGCCCGCAAGAGCGCGCCGGCCACCGGCGGCGUCAAGAAGCCGCACCGCUACCGGCCGGGCACCGUGGCCCUGCGGGAGAUCCGGCGCUACCAGAAGUCCACCGAGCUGCUGAUCCGCAAGCUGCCCUUCCAGCGGCUGGUGCGCGAGAUCGCGCAGGACUUCAAGACCGAUCUGCGCUUCCAGAGCUCGGCCGUGAUGGCGCUGCAGGAGGCGAGCGAGGCCUACCUGGUGGGGCUGUUUGAAGACACGAACCUGUGCGCCAUCCACGCCAAGCGCGUGACCAUCAUGCCCAAAGACAUCCAGCUGGCCCGCCGCAUCCGCGGGGAGCGGGCUUAAG